GACUGUAAAUCCAGCCCAGGACGGCAGACAGGGUCGAGGUAAAAUCUGUCCAGCACACUCGGGAUGACAGGACAGCGAGCCAAGACAACGUUUACCGAGAACAUGACAAAGUAGACAGUUUACCAGCUUACAUAGUUAAUGGCUAAAUAUGAAAUACAAGCUGACGUUAUAUAGCGUUGGUUUGUCGAAGAUAGGGUCAUUGUAGAAAUAGUUUUGGGCUGUGUUUGCACUAGCAGUUAAGGCUAACUUUACGUUAGCAGCCCACCAUUAGCUGGCUAAUGUUAAGUCUGGAUUCAAGUUGACCUAGCUAGCUAACGCGUAACCUAGUUAAUGUGGCUUUGACAGUCAUAGCGUAACGUUAGAUAAUAAUUACAGAGAGAGCAGUAGUUGGAAAGUUUAACUCGCGUCGAGAAAUCAUGGCGUCGAUGCUGACAACAUAUGCAGAGGAGCAGUUUUGACUUUGGGCUGUCAACAAGCUCGCUGACGUUAGCUGCCCUGGCUAGCCAGCUAGCUCUCUCGCUACCAUGGCCAAAAUAGAGAACGGCCGUCAAUCGGUGGACACAAGAAGUAUCAGGACUAUUAGCAGCAGUCACAUUGACGAUGAAAGCUCUUUGGGAUCAGACUCGGAGAUCAAUGGAUUCACCAGCGACAGACAAACCGAUAAAUAUGGAUUCAUUGGUGGGGCACAGCAGCAUACGGAGGAGUCAGCUCAGGAUUUGCCUCCCCAGGUGCUCAGGCAAAGGGAGGUGAAGUGGUUGGACAUGCUCAGCCACUGGGACAAGUGGAUGAUCAAGAGAUUCAAUAAGGUAAGGCUGCGGUGCCAGAAAGGAAUCCCUCCUGCUCUCCGAGGUCGUGCAUGGCUCUACCUGUCAGGGGGGAAGGUGAAGAAAGAGCAGAACCAAGGGAAGUUUCAGGAGCUGGAUAGCCAGCCUGGGGACCCCAAAUGGGUUGAUGUGAUUGAGAAAGACCUCCAUCGACAGUUUCCAUUCCAUGAGAUGUUUGUGUCACGGGGAGGACACGGGCAGCAGGACCUGUUCCGUGUUCUUAAGGCUUACACUCUGUACAGACCAGAGGAGGGAUACUGCCAGGCUCAGGCUCCCAUUGCUGCUGUGUUGCUUAUGCACAUGCCUGCUGAGGAUGCCUUCUGGGGGCUGGUCCAAAUCUGUGAAAAGUACCUUCCUGGCUACUACAGUCCUGGCUUGGAAGCUAUACAGUUAGACGGAGAGAUCCUGUUCGCUCUGCUGCGACGUGUCUCUCCACUAGCCUUCCGCCAUCUGGAGAAACACAAGAUUGACCCCAUCCUCUACAUGACUGAAUGGUUUAUGUGUGCCUUCUCCAGGACACUGCCCUGGGCCUCUGUGCUGCGUGUCUGGGACAUGUUCCUCUGUGACGGAGUGAAAAUAAUCUUUCGUGUGGGUUUGGUGCUGCUGAAGUGUAUGCUGGGGACCCGGGAGAAGCUGAAGGCUUGCCAGGGACAGUAUGAAACCAUGGAGCUUCUCAGGGCCAUCGAGACUCGAUACAUGCAGGAGGGCUUCCUCGUCCGAGAGAUUCUAGAGGUGCCAGUGACGGCACGAGAUGUGGAAAGGGAGCAUCACACCCAGCUGAAGCGCUGGAAGAAGAACCGCGGAGAGCUGAACUUCAAAUCCCCGCCAAGGAUGCACGGCGCUCGGAUCAUCAUGUUGGCCGAGCCGCCAAGGCGCCAGGACCUGCAGCAGAACCCCACCAUUGUACUCGAGGUGCCUCAGCCCACGCCGCAGCUGAAGAAGGGCAAGGAGGAAAAGAAAAGCAAGAAGAAGAAGAGCAUGAAGAAAUCCCAGCAGGUUGUGGAGAUCCCUAAUCCUUACUCUCUUCCCACUGACGUUCCACCGCCACCUUCAGAGCCACCAGCUCCACCUCCAGUCAUCAGCGAGACGCCACAAACCGUGCCACAAACUGUGCCACAAACCGUGCCACAAACUGAAACAGACCCACUUCACCGGCAGCAAGCACCUCCUACAGACCUUCCCCCUGCCAAAGAAUCUCCUCUUCAGCGAUCCACACAAAGCCUUAGCAGCGCAGAGCAGGAUACAUACCUGUAGCUCUACAGCAGUCAGUAUGUGUGAGCGUGUGUGUGUGUGUGUGGACGAAGCACCAGCACCCUUCAACAAACCACCAGCCAGCCUUGCCAAGGUCUAUUAUUCUAAUGUUGGACUGUUUUUGUAUUCAUUUAUUCAUUGUAGACACCAUUUUGCCUAUGAUAUUAUUGAUACACACUAAAGCAUCUUUGUUACGUGUAAAACUACGUUGAUGCCUACGCCAUUUUUCCAUUUGAAGCUGAUGUUACCGCCUGUUGAUGCUUGACGCUCUCAUUCAGACCUUAAAGGUGCAGUCAGUCUAAUCCAGUACACUUUAUGUCAAAUCCAGCAAAUACCUCCUCAUGGUCUGCUAGCUGUCUGUUCUGUGUUUGCACUGGGGGAACAAAUGUAGUGUGCAUACGCAGCCCUGACUCUAAGUGGUAAACAAAGCGAGCCACAACACUACUUUAGUCAAUCUGCGAUAGGUGCGUUUGUGCUUGUGUACAGGACAGGAGAAAGGCCAUGGAUGUGAAAGGAGAUACAUGCUAAUAUGCUGAACUCCAUAGCUCGAAUAUCCUCCAGAAUUGCUGACUCCACCUUCAAGUCUUACGCUUCAUUUAUCCUUUUACGUCUGUGCCUAUGCAAGCUGGUGCUGGCACCCUAUGUGCACCCCCAGGCACACAUAGUAUCGCAGCAGAUUGCUUGCAGUUUCACACAGGAGUGUUGGGACCAGAAGUGCGUGGAAACCCCACCUCCUUGCACUGAUGUCCCUCUGUAAUGUCUGUGAUGGGUUUUUCAGGAGGUUUCUCUGCAGCUCCCUGCGAGCCCCGCAAGAGAGAGACGGUCUCUGUGGGAGCUCUGUGCAGGCUUUUCCACAGAAGUAUGUAUUAGGCAUUAGUAUUCCGUUUUCAAGGGAGACAUGUUACUGUUAUUGGGAGCAAAGUCAUUUCCUCAGUGCAGUGUGGUUUCAAGGUUUAAAUGGGACUUAAGGAACAAUGAGGUGCCACAGCUUAUGCAGUUUUUCUAUACAGUGAGUUCAUUAGUAAUACUGUGCUGCAGUGGAUAUAAACUCCUGAUACAACAUCCACGCUUUCAGAGGUCUUAAGCCAUUAUAUUUCAUUAGGGUUUUUGUCCACAAGAGGGCAGCAUGGCAGAGGUUUCAGCUGUUACAUUCCCUGUUAGUACAGCUGAUCACAGCAGGGAUGGGAUUCACUAACUUUGGGAGGUAUUAUUCUGAGAUUGAGCUUCUGUUUUGUUUUGUUUUGUUUUUCCAGUUAGGAAACUUGUGCAUUUCAUGUGUUAUAUUUUCAUUCUUUGAAUUGCAAAUCAUCUUCCUGAAUCCACAAGUGAGUCACACCACACUGUGUUCAUUCCAGUCUUUUCCUACAAGCGCUAUUUAUUGAAAGAACAGUUGAAACAUGAAAUUUGUUGUUUGUGCAUGCCCUGCUUGUACACAAAUGGUCACUUUUUUGCAGAGCCUGUUGAAUUGAUGUGGUUUAUACUCCGAUAAUCACUGUGCUAGGCACCUCCAGCCACUUUAAAGCAGCAGUAAUUCACGUUACUUUGGCAGCAGAGAGGAGAACGCUGGACAUUCCUCACUGUAUGACACAUUCCUGCCUUGUUAAAAGCUAAUCAGUCUGAGAGAUGUCUCUUGCCAAAUGCAAAUCUGUAUAAGGAAUGUGUUUGUGCAUGUGUUUCCUGUGACAUCUUGGACAGUGAGUGCUUGCAAAUCACCUAAUGGUGCUGACCUUCCUUUUGGUGUUACUUAAAUAUCCAGUUGGUGCCAAGGAGAUCUUGUGGUUCAGUUUUGUUUUUAAUAUUUUGCUAGAAUUUCCAAAGCAGAUCAAGACUGUGUUGUUUUGAGAUGACCUACGACUGCUACCGGUGACGAGGCUUAUUCUCUUAGUACAGUCAAGGAAUCAAGUGAUUUCAAGGUUUUUUCAGAGGGUUAUUCGUAGCAUUUCUCCCUGGUUUAUUUCUUUGGGAAAUAUGGAAACAUGCAGGGGUUAUGUGGCCUUCUUUUCUUUCAGAACAUAUUGGACAAUCUUUUUUUUGUGACAGUCCAAGUCUGUUUUCUAACUUUCAUAACAAUGAUAAAAGGUAAAGGGAGUUUUGACAAGCAGAAGCACACAUGUAAGAUGUGUUUGUGUAUAUAAUUAUAUAAAAAAAAAGUCUGCUAAAAAUGCAUGUUGGGUCAGAUAUAAAAAGCAACAGGGUUUAAAAGGAUAACACGAUUUCAAGCAGUCACGUGCCUGUAUGCAAUAGUUUUUUAGUUGCUUAUUAUACACACCUCACUUUUUGCAGAUAUUUUAAUUUAAUGCUCAUUGUGUAGAUACGACAUGUAAAAUAACAAUUUGUUUUGUAAUGAAAUCUAUUUUUCAGUGUAUAAUGCUAUAUUUUAUUGAGCAGUCAGAAACUGCAGAGGGGACAUCUUUAAAUCAACUAAAGUGUAGGACAAUUUAUUUUAGAUCAACAUUUGUAACACUAGAAAAAUCUGAAAUUUGGGAGUAACUUUUGCAAGUGAAAAUGUUUGUCAUACUCUGAAGACAGAUUGGUAUUAUUUUACCAUCACAUUAGGAUAAUAAAAGAGAUGUUUGACAACCAUGGGGCAGUAUGCAUCAUCAUGAGUUUAAAUUUUACAAAUAAAUUUUUGUGUAAAGCCAAUUUAAAA